AUGAAUUUUCCAGAACUUCACAACCAAUGGAUCUCUUUCUCCACCAUUGUCUCGCUCUUCGGUCUCCUCGCGCUCUACGGCUCCGCUUUCGUGCCCAACGCUCUCCAGCGGGUCUUCCGCUACGGAAAGACCGCCAACGAUGAGAACCAGCCCAACAAACCCAACCUAAUCUCCAUCCCCAAGAAGUCAGCCAAACACCACUUGUGUCCGCUAUUAACCCCUGUUUCCAUUCACAGAUGGUUCUUCCACUUCUACGUGUUCGCCACGCUCUUCUACGCCGCGCUCCUCGUCAUCGUUCUUCGCGUCUAUCUCUUCCGCCAAUCCGUUCCCAAACUCCUCGCUCUCACGCUCGACACCGUCGUCGGCCGCCAUCGCCGCUCUUCCGUGUCGCCCGAGUCGGUGCUGGUGGCCAUGUGUCUGCUGCAGCUGCAGGUGUCGCGCCGUCUCUACGAGUGCACGCAACUCAGCGUUUACGCGCGCGACGGCAAGAUGGCGCUCAUCCACUACUUGUGCGGCUUCUCCUUCUACUUCGGCGUCGGCCUCUCGCUGUUGGCCGAGGCGUCCGGCUUCCAGUCCACCAACGGCUCGUCACGUGACCUCAUUCUCCGCAACCUCUGUCUCCCGAAUCACGUGAUCGGCGUCUCUCUCUUCCUCUUCUUCUCAUUCGUUCAGUUCAAAAGUCACGUGAUUUUAGCCGAACUCAGGAAAGACUCCAAAGGCCGAGUGGUCACUUACGGGCACUCCAUUCCGAACGGCCAUUGGUUCGAAUACGUGUCGUGUCCGCACUAUUUGGCCGAAAUCCUCAUCUACCUGUGCCUCUCCCUUGUGCUGAGCGGCCGCUCCUCCUACUGGUGGCUGGUGUGCAGCUUCGUUGUGGCCAAUCAGGUGGUGGUCGGGCUCUUCAACCACAAGUGGUAUUUACAGCACUUUCACAACUAUCCAAAGCACAGGAAAGCCGUCUUCCCGUUCGUCCUGUAG